AUGUCUGUGGUUAUCCCAAGAAACACUGCUAUUCCUGCAAAAAUGUCAAAGGAUUUCACCACUAAAGAUGACCGGCAAACUACUGCAGAUAUUAAGGUCGGGGAGUUGCCAAAGGUAGAUAUCACGUUCGAGAUCGACGAGGAUGGAAUACUGAAGGUGACGGCCAGGGAGAAACUCCCCACAGCAGAAUCUCAGUCCCUCACCAUCACCGACUACAAAGGAAAUCUGACGCAACAAGAGUCAAGAGAUUGA